CUUUUGACGGUCAUGGACGGCUUCGAUGAUCUUCUCAGUUCGUCGCGCGGCGGAAUUGACCACAACCCCUUUGCCGACCCUUUCGCGAACCGAAGCUCUUCGCCAGACCCUUGGUCUCAACCGUUUCGCCAGGAGACAGAGGACGUCUAUCAAUACCCGCAAUCCACUACUCCUCCUGUGGAAGAGCAAGAAGUUGAACUAGAAACACCCGUUGCCGUUGAGACUUCCGCUGCUGCCCCAGAGUCAGAAGAAGGCGUGCAUUCCGACCCGUUAGACUCUGCUGCUGCUGCUGCUGAAGUAGACAAUGUCUUGUCUCCCGGCUUCAGAGAAAGUGUUGAAGAACCAGAGCAUGACCCCAACUUUUCCGAAAUCGCGACGAUACGGCCAACAGAGCCCGAAGAAAUGCAACCUUCGAUUCCCAUUCCCGCUGAUCAUCCUCAUGCCCCACCACCACCAACAACAACAACAACAACAACAACAGCUCGUCUUUCGGAAAGCGCGCCUUCACUGCCUCCACAGUCCACUGAGCCCAGUUGGGGUCCAUUGGGCCUCAAUUCAGCUCCGAUUCACUCCUCUUUCCCGAAUCUUUCACUGGGAGGAGAGCCUGCGCAGUCGGCUUGGGGAGAACAUGACAAUUGGAGCAACGACCACCAACCACCAACACGCCUUCCCACCGACGAUGACAGUGACGAUGACAAACCCGUUUUACAGACAGUUCGACAUCCAGAGCGGAGCGAAAACCCUGCAAAACUCACGCAGGACGGCCUUCCACCUGUUUUUGUUAUUACCGUGGACGACCCUCAAAAGGUCGGCGAUCCCAUUCGCUCUUUCACAAUGUACACUGUGCACACAAGGACCACCUCGCCGCUCUUCACAAAAUCCGCUUUCUCAGUUCUUCGUCGCUACUCCGACUUCCUUUGGCUCUACGAAACGCUCUCUCAAAACAAUCCGGGUGUUGUCGUGCCGCCAGUUCCCGAAAAGAGUCCAUUUGGUCGGUUCGACGACCAAUUCGUCAAGCAACGAAGACAGGCGUUGGAGAAGUGUAUCACGAAAACCGCAAACCACCCUGUGCUGAUGAAGGACCCCGAUCUGAAACUCUUCCUCGAGAGCGACACAUUUUCACUCGAUGUAUUAAACAUCGCAAAGCAGAGAUCGCCCAAGCCAGCGGUGGACUCAUGGCUUCUAUUGGGCAAAGUCUUGCAGGCCCCAGAUUCUACGAAACAGACGAGGCAAUGGUUUGAUCGUCAGAAGGUUUAUUUGGAUUCACUCGAGGCACAACUACGUGGUUUGGUCAAAGCAAUCGAGACUGUGUCUAAACAGCGUGAAGAGUUGGCAGUGUCGAUGGGUGAAUUCGCUCAAGCCGUAUCGGACCUAUCGUCAUCGGAUGUGGGUAAGCAGCUAGCCCAGUCACUAGCAGGGCUCGCAGAGGUCCAACGCAAGACGCAAGACCUCCAACACCGACAAGCAGAACAAGAUCUCGUGACGCUGCUUAGCACUGCGGACGAGUAUUCUCGAUUGAUUAAUUCUGUUCGGCUUGCGUUCAGUUCCCGCAUUCGGAGCUACCAUUCAUGGCGGUCAGCCGAGGCUGAAUCGGUUCGUGUCAAGCAAACACAUGAAAGAAACCGAGCCCAAGGCCGGAUUCCAAACGAGCGCGUAGGUUACUCGUUGACGCAAGUAUCGGAGUCUGAACGACGUGCGCUGGAUGCCAAACACGAAUUCGACCAAGCAACCAAGCUCGUCAAAACAGAGGUCGCUCGCUUUGAGCAGGAGCGAAUCGACGAUUUCAAAGACUCACUACAUGCAUUUCUGGAGGGGAUGAUAUCGCGACAGAAAGUGUUGAUUGGUAGCUGGGAGAAUUACCAACAAAUGCUGCUAAAAAAGGUUGGAGGAGGAAGAGGCUUACCGCCUGCUGCAGGACAAUCAGCCGUGCCAGUUGCCUAG